GAUGAAUCAACCGAAGACGGAGAAGGUGAAUCGAAGGCGUGCGUAUGAGGACGAUGGCGACUUUUACGGCGAGCGCAACCGGAAACGCCGGCGGGUGUCGGAGAACCAGGAAAUGGAGGAACGGCUCGAGACGCUGAUACUGCGGGUCGGUGAAAACAGUACGUCGUCGCUCGAGUCGAACCUGGAGGGCCUGGUGUCGGUGCUGGAGUCCGACCUGGGCAACUUCCGGAGCAAGAUCCUGCGCAUCCUGUCCGAGUGCCCGAUCAAGAUGCCGGAAAAGUGCACCAUCUACUCCACGAUGGUCGGGCUGAUGAACGCCAAGAACUACAACUUUGGCGGCGAGUUCGUCGAGUACAUGGUGAAGACGUUCAAGGACAGCCUCAAGCAGUGCCAGUGGGACGCGGCCCGGUACGCGCUCCGCUUUCUGGCCGAUCUCGUCAACUGUCACGUCAUCUCGACCAACUCGCUGCUCCAGCUGCUGGACAGUAUGGUGGACGCGGCGAACGAGGACAGCGUGCCGCAGGUACGCCGCGAUUGGUACGUGUUUGCCGUCCUGUCCACGCUGCCCUGGGUUGGCCGGGAGUUGUACGAGAAGAAGGAGUCGUCGCUGGAGAAUCUGCUCGUGCGGAUCGAGGUGUUUCUGAACAAGCGCACCAAGAAGCACCACAACGCGUUGCGCGUCUGGUCGGUGGAUGCGCCGCAUCCGCAGGAGGAGUACCUGGACUGUCUGUGGGCCCAGAUCCGGAAGCUGCGGCAGGACAACUGGACCGAGAAGCACAUACCGCGCCCGUACCUCUCGUUCGACUCGGUGCUGUGCGAAGCGCUGCAGCACAACAUUCCGGUGAUCCAUCCGCCGCCCCACCAGGACUCGUUCGAGUACCCGAUGCCGUGGGUCGUGUACCGGAUGUUCGACUACACCGACUGCCCGGCCGGCCCGAUCCUGCCCGGGGCGCACUCGAUCGAGCGGUUCCUGAUCGAGGAGCACCUGCACUCGAUCAUCGAGAACCACCGCUGGGAGCGCAAGGACUGCGCCAUCCAGCUGCUGUACCUGGCGUACAAGGACAAGAUCCCGCUCGAGUACUGCAUCGUGGAGGUGAUCUUUGCCGAGCUGUUCCACAUGCCGACCCCGCGCUUCCUCGAGAUCUGCUACGGGUCCAUUCUGAUCGAGCUGUGCAAGCAGCAGCCCUCCAAGAUGCCCCAGGUGCUGGCCCAGGCCACCGAGAUCUUGUUCAUGCGCAUCGACUCGAUGAACACGUCGUGCUUCGAUCGGUUCGUCAACUGGUUCUCGUACCAUCUGAGCAACUUCCAGUUCCGCUGGUCCUGGGACGACUGGGACAGCUGUCUGCUGCUCGAGAACGAGCACCCGCGGCCCAAGUUCAUCCAGGAGGUCCUCCUGAAGUGUCUACGAUUCUCGUACUACGAUCGCUUCAAGGAAAUGAUGCCGGCGGCCUACGCCAAGCUCAUCCCGAAGCCGCCGGCCCCGCAGUACAAGUACACGAUGGAGGGCGCCGCAUCCUUGCCCGGAACGGCCACGGCCCACAAGCUGGUGGUGGCCAUCCGGCAGAAGUGCAACGCGGAAGAUGUGCUGAACGAGCUGAACGAUCUGCCGAACCCGCGCGAACUGUCCGACACCGACAUGACGGAGUCGACCUUCAAUCCGCUCAAGAUCGACGUGUUCCUGCAGACGCUGCUGAAUCUGGGCUCGAAGAGUUUCUCGCACACCUUUGCGGCCAUCUCGAAGUUUCUUACCGUGUUCAAGACGCUGGCCGACACGGAGGAAGCUCAGAUGUGCAUCCUGCACAACAUGUUCGAGCUGUGGGUCGACCACCAGCAGAUGAUGGUCGUGGUCGUCGACAAGCUGCUGAAGGUGCAGAUCGUUGAGUGUUCCGUCGUCGCCACCUGGGUCUUCUCGAAGGAGAUGACGGGCGAGUUUACGAAAAUGUACUUGUGGGAAAUCCUGCAUCUGACCAUCAAAAAGAUGAACCAACACGUCACCAAGUUGAGUCGUGAGAUGAACGAAGCAAAGGAUAAGCUGGCCCGUACGGCCGAAUCGUCGUCGAGCGAAUCGGAGGACGAUGCUGCGGAGGCCCCGAACACGCAGAAGCGCCGCAAGAACGCGGACGGGACGGCCGAAAAGCCGACGGAGGAGCAGGUCGAGCGGAUGGAGGAAAAGCUGGAGGCCGCGUACGUCGACCAGAAGCGCCUGUUCUUGAUCAUCUUCCAGCGCUUCAUCAUGAUCCUGUCCGAGCACCUGGUCAAGUGCGACACGGACGGGCGCGACUAUGACACCGACUGGUACCGUUGGACCAUCGGCCGGCUACAGCAAGUGUUUAUGAUGCACCACGAACAAGUGCAAAAGUACAGCAGCACCCUGGAAAGCCUGCUGUUCACGUCCGAUCUCGACCCGCACAUACUGGACGUGUUCCACCAGUUCACGGCACUCCGGGCGUAAGAGUGGCCACAAUGCGUUUGCUUUCCCCAAUCGUCACCUUCACG